GAAGAAAAGAAAUACUUGGGUGACAAAUAAGAAAAAAAGGUAUGAUAACCUUCAAGUGCAAUGAGAUACAAUUUACAAACAUCAACCAGCCAAUUACAUUACAGAAAAGCAAUCAUUCAUUUCCUGCCAUUUCCUUAAUGAUGCCAUUUAAAAGCUUGAGAUGAAAGUUAGUGUGGCGGAGCAUAAAGCCACACAAAGUCGGGUCUUUGGAGGUGAACUUGUAUUUUAUUUUGAAAGGCAACUAAUUAUUAUAAAAACAGCUGCAUAAAAUAAAACUGGUUACUGCUGGGCUCGAAAAUGCACACAUUUAUGGGGUUUCCCCCCUACAAAUAAAUUCACAUGAUAUUUCGGUUGGUGUUUCCUUGUUAUGCUCACAAAUAGGAACCCGUUUAUCAUCUUUUUUUGGUAUCUUCACAUCAUUGUUGAAAGAGUGAAGACGUGAUCCCGUACGGAUACUGGAUUGCACUCAACCUGCCUCAAAAACAAAGCCAUUCAUGGUGGCAUGUCCCCGUUUUUUUGGAUAGCAGGACGAGUGGGACCCGGGUGUGUGGGUGACACUCUGAAGUUGUCAUGACAAACUUCUGGGCCAAUGAUAAUUUAGGUCUGUGCAAACUCGAAGGCAAAUGGGAGGGUCCGAUCCAAUCAGCGGGGGGAGAACCCUCGGAAGCCCAGCCUCCUGAUUUCAACAGAUUGAAAUGUAAGCCUGUUUCCAGCGCCGUCAGGAAACAGAUCGAGAAUUUUGUCUCUCUUGUUCCUUAUCGCGCAAGAAGAUUUUCUUGGACGCGAUUUUAGACAGUGGACACGCUGGACGCGGAGCAGGAUCCACGCAGGAGGCACAAAGCGGACACCGUAUUCUUCAUUUGCGGCUUUAACACGAUGGAGCCUGCCUUCGGUGAAGUGAACCAACUCGGUGGUGUUUUCGUAAACGGCAGGCCGCUCCCCAACGCCAUCCGGCUCAGGAUAGUGGAGCUGGCCCAACUCGGGAUUCGACCCUGUGACAUCAGCAGGCAGUUGCGCGUGUCCCACGGCUGUGUCAGCAAGAUCCUGGCUCGCUACAACGAGACCGGCUCCAUCCUCCCGGGGGCAAUCGGAGGCAGCAAGCCGCGGGUCACCACACCCACCGUUGUCAAACACAUACGGACAUACAAGCAGAGAGACCCGGGGAUUUUUGCCUGGGAGAUCCGGGACAGGCUACUCGCUGACGGGGUUUGCGACAAGUUCAACCUGCCCUCCGUCAGCUCCAUCAGUCGGAUCCUCCGAAACAAGAUUGGGAAUCUUUCCCAGCAGAGCCAGUAUGAGUCGGGCAAGCAGGCGCCCCAUCCACCGCCACAACCAACGUUACCCUACAACCACUUAUACUCAUACCCGACGUCCAAAGUGCCCACUCCCCCCGGCAUGCCCACCCUUCCCGGACACAUGGCCAUGCACAGGAUAUGGCCUUCCUCGCACUCUGUAACUGAUAUUCUGGGGAUACGGUCUAUUACAGAGCAACAAAUUAGUGACAGUCCAUCCUUUCCCAGCACCAAACUAGAAGAAUGGAGCGCUAUUAACAGGACUAAUUUCCCACCAGCAAGCUCUCCACUAGUCAGUGGCGUGGAUAAGGCGCAUUUAGAACCUGAGGCAAAAUACACACAGACGCCGAAUGGCUUGCCCACAGUGAACAGCUAUGUCACAGCACCCAGCAUCCCUCCCUACCACCCUCCCACCCAAGUGUCACCCUACAUGGGGUACAGCGCCACCACGUCGGCCUAUGUGACCGGACCCACGUGGCAGCCAGCCAGUGGCAAUGCUCUAUCUCCCCACAGCUGUGACAUCGCCACCCCGCUGGCCUUCAAGAGCAUGUGAGCCAACCGUGACGCCAUCCACCCAGUCGCCGCCUCGGCGCUGUGAAGUCAACUCCACAGACUGAUGGGAGAAAGAGGCGUGGGAGGGGGUGAAGGGGAGUAGGUUGGGUGAGACACGGAGAGGACAUUCAACUCCAAGUCUGUCCGUGGUGGCAAUUGUUUUCCACUCCCACUGCCACCUUUCUAUGAAGGACUCGGCCCCAGGACUCAUAUUUGCGCCACUGGGUAUAUGAUGCCCCUCCGAGCUAAGCGCAGUCAGACCAAAGACACACGACGAAUAAAAAGCCUGUCAGUUUUUACAGCAAAUGUGUUGUCUAAAAGUACUUGCAGGACAGGUGUUCCAAAGACUGACAUAUGACUGCUACACCAUCCAUCAACAUAAUUCCUCUCAGAUUCUUUACUGCACAUCUGCAAAUGUCUCUGGGCAAAAUGGGGUAAUGUAUAACUUCAUGAAUACAGAAUCAAAGAAAAGGGAAAAAAAACUUUACAUUAGUGUUUCAGGGUGCUUAAUAAUAAUAAUAAUAAUAAUUGCUAUUGUUUUUUUAUGUUUGUAUGCUUUUUGUUUAUGAUUUGAUAAAAGUAACUGUGUUAUGGAGCGUUGUUUUCCACUUCUCUAAAAGUGUAGCCUAUGCAAGAGCUUCAAAGGGAAGUUUAUUUAUUAGAUUAAGGUACGUUGAAUGAAGUGCAAUUAGUCUUACAGAAAGCAUGGAAAUCUCCACGCACAUUUAGACAGAAUUGGCAUUGGGCACAUUGGAGUCUAGAGCAUUAACAUAAUUAAUUGUCAAAUGUUGCACAAUGAAAUUGAAUGUAUCUUAUUAAAUUGUUUGGCUUUUA